AUCUUGGUUAGUUGCUGGAGAAUAAUAUAAGCAUGUCGAAUUUUUUUAUUUAGAAGAUGUUGAACUGUGAUUAGGGAUAAUUAUAUCUGAGUAUAAGCAGAACAAAGUUUGUGAUUGUCAUUGCGUGAAAUUAAGCUUUUGCUAAAAUACUUGACUGUUUUGAUCUCCUAGUUAAACUAUGUUUCAUUGUUGUUAGUGUUUGUGACCAUCUUUACUGCCUUGUCCCAACGUUUGUCUUUUUGCUCAUUGGUAAGGCAUGGAUUUCUUUAUUAACAAUCGUUUCUCUUAUUCAUGCGCGAGAGAAUAAUUAGAUAAAAGAUUGUUAAUAAGAGAAAAAGCAACUCAAUUCUUAAAGCUCUCAACUUUCACCAUUUUUUUCAACUAAAUUUACCAAACACUAUCUGAGUUGCCAACCAUCACAAAACUGGCAUGGUUAACAAUUUAUUAUUCUUUGGUUAACAAAACUAGCAUGAUCCAGAACGUCCGUGUUAGAUUUGUAUAAUCAUCCUCACCUAACUCCUAUCUGGUUGAUUAAUGUCUUCCGGUGGUGAUAUUUAUUUAGCCCUAAAUCUUGUGAAUGGCCAUCUCCACCUGCCGAGCUGCCUCCGCUAACCUGCGCCUUCUCUCAUAUCCCUCUUUCACUCGAUCACCACCGGCGAACAUUUCUCUGAUCUUCGCCGUUAAACAGGAUUUUAGCUCCCUUCGACUAAAAUCGAAGGUCUCGAACAGAAGAACGAAAGCAUCUAUGGCUGAGAUCGUGACUCCGAAGAGCAAAGGGAAAGUCCAAGUGUUCGACACUGAGGAGGAUCUGGCAGUGGCACUCGCAGAAUACACCGCCGAUCUAGCCAAUAGAAUCUCUCGGGAUAAGGGCUCGUUUACUGUCGUUUUCUCCGGUGGUUCUCUUGUUAAGUCCCUCAGGAAACUGGUAGAGCAACCUUACAUCAAUUCAGUUGAUUGGUCAAAAUGGCACAUAUUUUGGGUGGAUGAAAGAGUGGUACCUAAGGACCACCCAGAUAGCAAUUACCUCCUUGCCUACAAUGAGUUCCUUUCAAAGGUUCCAAUUCCUAUUGAUAAUGUACACGCCAUAGACGAUACAUUAUCAGCAGAAGCUGCUGCCGAAGAUUACGAGACGCGCCUCGAUCAUCUAGUGAAAACCAAAACACUCGACCAAUCCCAAAAUGGUAAAUUCCCCAAAUUCGAUCUCAUGCUAAUGGGCAUGGGCCCAGAUGGCCACAUUGCUUCUUUAUUUCCUAGUCACCCUCUCGUUCAAGAAAACAAGAAAUGGGUUUCGUUUAUCAAUGACUCGCCUAAACCUCCCCCGGAAAGAAUUUCAUUCACUCUCCCGGUUAUAAAUUCUUCGGCAAAUGUAGCCCUUGUUGUGGCCGGUGCUGGUAAAGCAAGUGCAGUUUAUACUGCGCUUAGCGAUGUUUCGAAUUGUGAGGUGCUUCCUGUUGGACUUGUCGAGCCCGAAGGUGAGUUGACUUGGUUUUUAGACAAGGAGGCAGCUUCCAAACUUUGAUUGUUUAUUUAUGAAAUAAGGUGUAUUUGCAUUGUAUUAAUAAAGAAGAAUUUCGGUUGGAUUUUCUUGAAUUUUUAGCCCGGAGAAGGAAUGGAUUUCUUGUUGAAUGUUGAACAACCUUAAAUAGCUGUUUGCAAGGUUCAAGAUUUCAAGCUCUUUGGGCAUGUCUUUUAAUAGUAGUGGUGAGGUUUUAUUAUGUUACUUGUUAGUUUUAAUUGUGUGCAAGAAUGUGCAGAAAUUGGUGAAUGUAAAAUGCAUCAGUUGGGUGGGUGAAUAGAAAAUGUGCUUACUAUGUUUGUGUAAUUUUCGAAAAAUUGGAUCUUGCUUUUUA